AAUUUCGUUUUCUGACAAGCAAUUCGCAAAAUUAAUGUGAAGUCAAAUCGAAAGUACUUCUGGUGACAAAUUGGAAAAAUGUUAAUUAUCCUUAAUUAACAAUAAUGCACACUAGAUAAAAUGGAUUUUAUGAUUUCUUGCGACUUUCAUACCCCAUGCAAACACACAUAGCCUCAUGUACAUGCAGUCACAUGCAGAUACCAAAGAAAUAGCAGCAAUAAAAACACUCUGAUAAAAUGGACCCCAGACUUUCUGCCCAAGACGUCAUUAGAUGUACUGUAUGUAAAGAUAAAAUUGUACAAAUGUACUGUAACUUGUGCCAUAUGAAUCUUUGUAAGGAUUGUGUUGGAGAACACAUCUCUGAUGUCUCAAAGAAGCAUGAUGUGGUGCCUUUUGAAUUAAGAAGAUCCAAACUUGUGUACCCUCAGUGCAAAACCCAUUCUGAAGAGAACUGUGAAAUGCUAUGUGAAGAUUGCAACAUUCCAGCAUGUCCAAAAUGUGGUACAUCUAGUACACAUAAGAGACAUCGUUUCAAAAGUCUUAAAGAUCUCAUGAACUCUAAGAAAGAGAGCAUUGAACAGGAAAGAAAAAGACUGAAAGAAACAGAUUUCUCAAAAUUUGAAGAUAUUGUAACUGACAUAGAAACUCAGCUAGCUGAAAUGGAUGGAAAAUACCAGAAAAUGACAUCAGAGGUCACGAAACAUGGAAAAGAAUGGCUCAGAGAAGUUGGCAAAGUUAUUGAGAAAAACAAAGAAGAAAUCGAAAAGAUGAGAAAUCAACACAGAGAUGCACUAAAUAAACAUCUCAAUGAUAUAAAGAAACUUGUUGAUGAUAUCAAACAGUCUAUAUCAGAAACUGAACAUAUAAUAAUCAAGAUCAAUGUUCUCAAUUAUUUGGUUCUUUAUCAUCAUUAUCCAUUAUAA